CAGGUUGAGUUGAACACAAGCACCUGUCGGUUUCUCUCUUGAGCACUGUGGACUGCAGAUACUAACUGUACAUCAUCACUCAACUGGAUUUAACAGGCGUGUUAAACUCUUGAGAUACUAUAAUGGCUUUCUCACUGUGGACUGCACUCUUUAUCUCAGUUGCACUAUGUGUGCUGCAGCAAGGGUUUGGAUAUCCACUAUCUGAACAGUCUGAAGCAUCUAGCAAUCCACCUGCUCUCAAACGGGUUCGUACCAAGCGCUGCUCCUGUAGCAACUGGUUGGACAACGAGUGCAUCUAUUUCUGCCAUCUGGACAUCAUCUGGGUCAACACACCAAGUAAGAUCACCCCUUUUGGUCUGGGAAGUCCUCUUUCCCGUCGCCGGCGCUCCACUGGCCGUUGUGAAUGUGCGAAUCCCGCCGAUCGUACCUGCUCCAGUUUCUGUCACAUCAGUUCAGAAAAUCCAGAUAUGGAGAUUGUGAUACAACUUGGUGACCAGUCAAAUCACAUGGGCAAAAGCAGUGAUCAUCUACUGUCAACUCUCAGGAAGGUGGUUAAAGACAACCUUAUGACAGCCUCACGGUCUGCUUCACCCAAAAAGAAAUCCAAAACCAGGAAUCUCUUGAUCAGUUAGAGGAAGAUGAAACGAAGGUCGAGUGAGCAUUUGAACAAAACCAAUCCUGGAUGAAGAGGAUGUGCCUUGAGAGAAGAAGGGGGCAAACAUGGCAGAUUCUCUGAAUUCAAGACAGAACUGAAUGCUGUGGCACAAACCCUCAGUUUCUUCAGUUGAGGUUGAGCAGAAACGUCUGUUCGCCAGUGUACAAGGAUGAUUUAGAUGGUGAAAAGAAAAACAGAUCACCUUCUGCAGAAGUUAAAUGGUGGCAUUCACAAAUGAGAGAGCUAAAAUCUGAAAACAAUGUUGAAAUACUGCAAACAUAGUUUUUUAAUACAAGUAAUACAAGUUCAGAUACCAGCAGGAAGUUAUGGUUGGUUCCUUCCUGAUAUAAUAUAUAUAUAUAUAUAUAUAUAUAUAUAUAUAUAUAUAUAUAUAUAUAUAUAUAUAUAUAAUUUUAAUAUACUUUAUUUUUGAUAGCUUUUCUCUGUAUCAGAGCUUAAUUUUAUUAUUUAUUUAUUUAUAUAUUUAUUUAAAUUUUAUUUGGAAAUGAAUGUGUCUGAUGCUUUCUAUGAUCAUCUGCUCAAGAAAGCGUCUAAAUGUUUAAAAAAAAAAUGAAAAGAAAAAAAGCUGUAGUCGUAAGGAAUGUUUCUCUGUUUUCUUUUUUACGACUUUUCCUUCCCUCCGUUUUCCCUCUUUUUUUCCCUUCAGUGAAGGCGGAAGUAUUUAUUGCAUACUUUCAGUGGGGUGAUUUUAUUGUUCAGAUACCAGCAAGUUUCAAUAGCUCAACGCUUGCCAAAAAAUGCUGUUAUUGUUUUCCUAAAGUACAAACCGGCUUCUACUGUCUGCUGGGUCCAUUAUGCAAAAGACUGUAGUGCUAUGUAGAGUUCCCAUUACUGCCUCAAAAUACCAUCAAUUAAAUGGAAUCUAUUCAUGA